AUUGAGAGAGGAAGCCGUCAUGGAAUAAUCAUUUAGGACAUAACCUAAACCUAAACUGAACAGAUUUGUGACGAAGAAGAAAUCUGUGUAGCUAGCUCUCCAGCCUUGGCAAAAGAUGCAGAGAACUACAAUGAACUAUGUAAGCUCGCGAAUGAUAGAACAGAAGCUAUGACUGAGUUGCAAAUGGAGGUGGAGACAAAUUCUUCUUCGCAGGAGCCUAUUCCCAAGCCUCAAGUCAUGUACCGAUGUAAGAAAUGCAGAAGAAUAGUUGCUAUCGAGGAAAACAUAGUCCCGCAUGAACGAGGGAAAGGUGAAGAAUGCUUUGCUUGGAAAAAGAGAAGCGGAAACUCUGAACAAGUGCAAUGCUCUUCCAUAUUUGUCGAGCCUAUGAAAUGGAUGCAAACAAUUCACGAUGGAUGUGUUGAAGAGAAGCUUCUUUGUUUGGGAUGUAACGCCCGGUUAGGUUAUUUCAACUGGGCUGGGAUGCAAUGUAGCUGUGGGGCUUGGGUUAAUCCGGCUUUCCAGCUUCAUAAAAGCCGAUUAGAUGAGUGUAAGACCGAGCCAAACCCGAGUCUGGAAACUGUAUGAAUGGAUACUAAUGAUUAUAUUAAGCCUUAUUAUGUGUUGAACAUCCUAAUGUGUUUGUUUAGUUAUAAAUCCAACAAAAGUGCAUUAGCUUAAUGUUUAAGUAUAUUAAAUUCAAA